GAGUCGGUUUGAAGCUCCGGAGCUCCGCGCACGCCGGGACUCGUGUGUCCGCGGAAAGCGAUGCCAGCGGCGGACACAGCGGCUCCGUCACGCGCCGUCAAUAAAACAGUCGCUUUCAGCGCGGGAAACGAGCCCUCGCGCUUCUGAUGAGCAGAUUUGACCGCAUCUUCAGGAGACAGACUCUGUGUAAUCUGGAUAUGUUAAGAGGCACGUAAUCAUGGAUGGGAUUAUUUGCGUUUUGGGGCUCCUGACGCUGGUUUUGGAGGGCAUCUGGAGCCAGGGAGUGUACGCUCCCCCUUCUGUCCGCAUCGCUCAUUCGGGUCACGCGUGUAAUGUGGAGGAAGAGCGUUUCUCCGAGAGAGUUUACACCAUACGAGAAGGAGAAACACUGGAGCUCAGCUGCCUUGUCACCGGACAUCCACGACCACAGAUUCGAUGGACAAAGACAGCAGGCAGUGUUUCGGACCGGUUCCAGGACUCCAGCGUCUUCAACGAGACUCUGCACAUCUCCAAGAUCCAGCGGCAUCAGGGCGGACGCUACUACUGCAAGGCGGAGAAUGGCCUGGGCUCACCAGCCAUCAAGUCCAUCCGUGUCGACGUUUACUAUCUAGACGAGCCGGUGGUGACGGUCCAUCAGAGCAUCGGCGAAGCCAAAGAGCAGUUUUACUACGAGCGGACGGUGUUUCUGCGCUGCGUGGCCAACUCCAACCCGCCGGUGCGCUACAGCUGGCACAGAGGACGAGACGUGCUCUCUCAGGGCUCUGAUAAAGGUGUGGAGAUCUAUGAGCCCUUCUUUACACAGCUCCAGGGGGAAACAAAGAUUCUGAAGCUGAAGAACCUGAGACCCAAGGACUACGCAAACUACAGCUGCAUCGCCUCCGUCAGGAACAUCUGCGGCAUCGCCGACCGCAAAGUCAUCUUCAGACUCACCAAUAAAACAGCUCCGGCCUCCAUCAAGCUGCUGGUGGAGGACCCUAUCGUAGUGAACCCGGGCCAGACGGUGUCUCUUGUCUGCAUCCCCACUGGAGGAGAGCCGGCUCCGCUCCUCAGCUGGACCAGCAGUUCCGGUUCUCUGCCAGAGAAGAGUGUGUUAAAGGACGGGACGCUCACACUGCCCGCCGUCACAUCUGCAGACGCCGGCGCAUACAGCUGCAUCGCCACCAAUAAUGUGGGCAACCCGGCCAAGAAGACCACCACCAUCAUCGUCAGAGCGCUAAAGAACGGGCGUUUCUGGAUCACUCCUGACCCAUAUCACAACGAUGACAACAUCCAGAUCGGGCGCGAGGUGAAGAUCUCCUGCCAGGUGGAGGCGACGCCGCCUGAGGAGCUGCAGUUCGGCUGGCUGAAGAACGGGCGGGCGCUGCGCAGCUCCGAGCGCAUGGUGAUCACACACACCGACCCCGACAUCAGCCCCGGGAACACACACCUCGACAUCAUAGACCUCAAGUUCACCGACUUCGGGACGUACACCUGUGUGGCGGCGCUGAGGGGCGGAGGAAUAGCCGAGAUCAGCAUCGAUGUUAAUAUCUCCUCCACUACUGUUCCCCCGACCCUGACCGUGCCGCGGGGCAAGUCUCCGCUGGUGGUGCGGGAGGGCGAGACGGUGGAGCUGGAGUGCCUUGUUUCAGGAAAGCCCAAGCCCAUCAUCCUGUGGUCGCGGGCGGAUAAAGAGGUGCCGAUGCCGGACGGCAGUAUGCAGACGGAGAGUCUGGAUGGAGUUCUGCGGAUCCUAAACGUGUCCCGAGAGAUGAGCGGAUCCUACCGCUGCCAGACCAGCCAAUACAACGGCUUCAACGUCAAGCCCCGCGAGGCCGAGGUCCAGCUCAUCGUGCAGUAUCCUCCCGCAGUGGAGCCGGUGUUCCUGGAGGUCCGGCAGGGUCUGUCCCGCUCCGUCAGUCUGCUCUGUCGUGUCCUGCGGGCUCAUCCGUCUCGUGUGCUGCGGUUCGAGUGGCGUCUGGGCUCUCGGCUGCUGCACGCCGGACACUUCGACUCGCGGGACGACACCGAGUACAGCGUGCGCAGCCUGACCCGCGAGGCGUACGGGGAGUACACCUGUGACAUCAUCAAUGAGGCCGGACCGGGGCGCUGCACAUUCCUGCUCACGGGGAAAGCGUUUGCUCCAGAGUUCUACUACGACACCUACAGUCCGCUGUGGCAGAACCGGCCGCGGGUUUACGGAUAUAAACUACAGUGGACACAGAUGAACCCUGGAGCCGUCGACAGAAUCAUGGCGUAUCGACUGGGCAUCCGACAGACAGGGCAGCAGCGCUGGUGGGAGCAGGAGAUCCCAGUGGAGGGAAACAUCCAGAAAGGAGAGCUGAUCACACACAACCUGACGGAGCUGAUCAGACCCGAGGCGUAUGUGGUGCGGCUCACACCCAUAACUCGCUUCGGGGAGGGGGACUUCACCACCCGCAUCAUCACAUACAGCGCGCCAACCAAUCCACACCUGAGAGAGUUUGUGUGUAGUUUUGAGGAGGAGCCCGUCUGCUUGUUCACUCAGGAUAAGAAUGAUGAUUUCGACUGGAUGAGACACAGCGCUGCGACCCGAGACACCAAAUACACUCCCAACACGGGGCCCAGCGGGGACCGCAGCGGGGCCAGACAGGGUUUCUACAUGUACAUCGAGACGUCCAGACCUCGUAAGGAAGGCGAUACGGCUCGUCUGCUGAAGCCAGUGUUUAACGUCGCACCCAAGAAUCCCUACAGCAUCACCAGCCCUCCUGCUUACUGCUUCAGCUUCUACUACCACAUGUAUGGCAAACACAUCGGCUCUCUGAAUGCAUUUGUGAAGCAGAAAGGUCAGUCAACUUCAGAUGCAGGUCCAGUCUGGUCCCUCAGCGGGAACCAAGGGGACCGAUGGAGACAGGCCAAAAUUAGCAUCCAUCCGGUUUCAUCCUUCCAGGUAAUAUUUGAGGGGAUCCGUGGCCCUGGGAGAGGGGACAUCGCCAUUGAUGAUGUCACGCUGGAGGAGGGGGAGUGUCCUGACCCUCCGUCCAAUCGUAUGUAUCGCGCAUGCAUCUCCAUGACAACCAGGCCUUAA